AACGGUUCCUUUUAAAACCUCUGUAAAACCCUAGAAGAACAAUGGCGAUGGCGGAAGAGCCGCCAUGGAUGGAAUUACAGGAAGGUAUAUGGGAAAACAUAUUACAGAGGCUGGGUGUUAUAGAAAUACUGAAGACAGCUCGUAAAGUGUGCAGAAAAUGGAGGCAAAUAUGCAAGGAACCAUCAAUGUGGCGAGUCAUUAACAUGCGGAAUAAUGGGAAUCUCACUGAAAUCGGUUACCAGUUAGAGAAAAUAUGCCGCCGUGCCGUUGAUCGGAGUAGAGGUGAACUUAUUGAUAUCAAUUUGCAGUAUUUUGGCAAUGAUAAGUUGGUUCAGUACAUAGCUGAAAGAUCAGGAAAACUGAAGAGGCUCAGUAUUGCCUGUUGCUAUUUUAAGGUAUGUGAAAGCUUGAUUGAAGCAGUUCAAAAGCUCCCAUUGUUGGAGGAGUUGAGUCUCACACACACUGCCAUGACGAUUGAAGGCAUUGAAGCUCUUGGACACUGUUGCCUGCGGUUGAAGUCAUUUGAAUUUAACAAGUCAUUGUAUAUGGGAUCAGUCGAUGACUCUGAUAACGAAGAUGAAAGAAAUGAAGAAGCUUUAGCUAUUGCUAAAAACCUACCUACCUUGCACCACCUUCAUCUCAUUGGGAAUAGUAUGACAAAUAAAGGCCUCCAAGCUAUUCUUGAUAGUUGUCCUCUUCUUGUAUCUCUAGACUUGCGUCUGUGCAAAUAUGUUACCUUCAACAAAGUCUUGAGUAGUAGAAUUUCUGGGAAGAUUAAAGAUGUGAAGCUCCCUCAUGAAUCUCUCGAGGGUCUUGAAUUUUCAUUCGAGGCUUGUUGGGAUGAGGAUUUGUCUGAUAGCAUGACCGAUGAUUAGUGAAGCUCUGUACUUUUUAGCUCAUUGGGUCAUGAACAGUUCCUUCAGGUGUUUUCCGCGAUAAUAAUAUGCAAUCCCCAUCCUCUUGUUGAAGAUCUCCUUGCAACUAUGUUAGUGUUGUUUUCCAAGAAUAGCAGGGACAUCAUUGUUUCU